CCAUGGAACAAUAAGCCACAAAACAAAUGCCUCUAUGUUAUUGCUUGAGCACAACAAGCACAAAGCAUAAUUACAGGAAAAGACUUCAAGGGUACUCCGUUAAAUCACAACAAGAAGACCGUACGAUGUCGGAUCAUAUUUGCCUCAAGGGCAAUAUCAUGAUUUAGUUACCGGUGGAUAUUCUUACGGAUGCGAUUAUAAUGUGUAUCAUAAUGACCUACACAUGUUCCUCGUUGUUAUUAGCUUAGUUUUGAUUACGAAAUUCGGGCUUGAUUGAGUUUUGAGAGUUUCAAUUGUGAUGGGGGCUAUAGUUUCAUCCAAGAAGACCCCGAGAGCUCGCAUUGAGAACAAGGCCAUAGCUGUGAAUGCCUUCACAUCUUCAAGACCUAAAGGUGACGAGCAAUCAGUACAAGAAACCCCCCCACCACCAACAAAGCAUCACAACUCUCCUAACCCCACCCCCUCUCGCGGAGACGACAGUACCAGCGUAGCAGUGUCUUCGUGGGGGGAAGGGGUGGUGGGUACAUCGUCUCACGCGCUUCACAAUACAGGGGAAGUGACGUCACGCGGUGUCAGCAAAGACGUCACAACAAGCAAGGAGCUUUACCCGGAAGUGAAUAUUCCUAGAGAUCAGAACAGCAAUGAAACAUGGGGAAGUCGUCAGAAUGGACGGGUUUAUACAGGGUUUGCUGUGGUAACGCCUUUGAGACCAGAAGAUGCUGCGGUCGUGAUACAGAGCACUUUCAGAGGAUACAUCACUAGAAAGGACAUGAGCAAGAGACAAGAAGCUUCCGUCAUGAUUCAAAGGCAUGUGCGCGGCUACCAGACGAGAAAGGAGCUCAAAUCUCAGCAACAAGCCGCGGCACUGAUUCAAAACAAAUACCGCAAAUAUCGCAAAACAAAACAAGACGGGGAAGCUUCUGGACGGAACACCGCUGACAAUGUAGGCUCAAGCAGUUGCGAGGAGGAAGAAGAGCCAAGCAAGCCGGAAUAUCGUAAACCAUGGAACGAGGCUACGCCUACUUCGCAUGUGAUAGAUAAAGACGUGAAAAUUGGUGAGAAGACGAAGGAAAGUUUCAAUAUGUACCAGGGGGACAUCACUUAUCUCAAAUGGAAAACUGAACAACAGAUUGAAAGGACGACUAUGGGAGAUGACUAUGUGCCACCGCGAGUACUGCUGAUAGCAAGUAACGUACCUCGCGCUGAUGUCCUGCAGGUCAUUGUAAAUGAAAACGUCACGAAAAUAUGCUACGAUUUCAAUUCAACUACUUUAAACUCCUUAUUAGAAAAAGUCCACGAGGUGCUUGAAGCUUACCGCAGCAAGAGUAAAGCCCACUCCAUCGGCUUUGCCUGUUUGGGAGGUCCUGGUUUUAUCAACCCAGUAAAAGGCAAGAUAAUGACCAAAGUAAAAGUCCAACACGACCAGGAAAUGGCAAGUUUCUGGAAGACACUUGGUACAAUGAUGACCAAACUGUAUCCGCGUGAUGACGUCACAAUUCAUGUGAUAGGGAAUAACGUGGCCGGAAACAAACAAGGCGAGAAGCUUCUUAAAUUUAUAUCUAAGUUCAUGUUGCCUUCGCAAGUCAGUGUUGAAAGUCCGUUAGAGAUGUCUGCGGCAGGCAAAGAGAUGAUCAAUUUGUACUUUGAUCAUGUCAAAUACAAGAUGUGGCGAUCUAGAAUGCAUUCCAAGGUCGCCUUCGCACUCUGAUGUCACUAACACCAUUACAUUUAAAAUAAUCAAGCAAAUAUAGACGCGUUUUAUACUGUAUAUUUUGCGAAAUUUCUUUGACAAUUUAAAAAAAAGCUGAGAACUGUCGCCUUCCUUAUAAGAAAAUUAGGAAUAAUAACAUUUUUAUUUAUUUCGCGGGAUAUAAUUUUAUGAACUAUGCAAAUUUUCUAUGCAAAGGUUCUUAAAACCUUUCACUUAUAUCAAUCUAGCCAAAAAAAAGCAUAGAUAAACUUUCAAAUUCUGAAAAGGGAAUUGAAUUUGAUUGAAACUUGAAUUUUUUACAGAGCUUUGAAAAUUUUCCUGGCUGCGCGAAAGGAGAUUGAAUCGAGUGAAUAAUUCCAAGUUUUGGCGGCAAAAUCUAAAACAAAGUAUUUUCUUUAACGAUACCGUAGACCCAAAUGGCUUCAUUUCAGGUGAAUUUUUUUUAUUAUGCCAUUCGAUGACAAUAGGCACACUCUAGGUGUUAGUAAAAAAAAGAACACCAAAAUUUUAAAUACUCCGCCAGAUAUUAAAAAAAAAAACGAAUUCAGAACUAAUAGGUUCAACAAUUUUAUCACUGUAAAGUACCAAUGAAUAUUGUGUUGCUUGUAUUAGUUGCUAUUAGUUGAUGUUGCUGACAAACCUGUAAUUCAGUUACGACUGCAAGUGGUUUAUUAAAACGAUUGAUUGAUUGA